UGUUCUUGAGCAGAAUGGCCGAGCAGAGGGGUUGCCAUCCAGCAGAGCCAGAGGAGCCGAGCACACCAGUGCUCCUCGCUGUACAGUCUGAUAGCAGUAAAGAAACUGAUCAAAUUGGUGAAAGUGGCAUUACUCGUGCAGAGACUGAAAAUGUAAUUCUGGAAAAACAGUGUGACAUGGACUUUACAGAUGUAACUGAUACUCAUGUAUUGAAGAGAUUUGAUUCAUUACAAAGUGCCACGCAAGCUGUUGCUGACUAUGAGGAAUACACCAUAUCAAACUUUGUUGUGUUAGAAAAAAAGAAACUUUUUGGAAAUGAAGCAUGUCCAAUAAGUUCAGCAUCCAAAAUAUACUGGAAUGGACCAGUUGUGAAUAAUGCAUCUAUUGUAGAAUAUACUGGGGUCCCUUAUAUAAUAAUAGGCAGAAAAGUAUUAAAUUGUCACCUUGGAAAGGAUUUGGCUAUCUCCCAAAAGAGACGAUAUGUACAGAAGCGACAGAUAACACAACUAAUUGCUUUGUGCUUACAAUGUUUCUUUGCAUUUGUAAUCUACCAUCACUUUUAUUUGCUGACAAAAGGGUGUGCCUCAUUAAAGGAACGUAAGUCUCUGAAGUCAUACAUUUGUGUGGAUGCGUCCUAAAAGUAAAAUGUCCACUAACCCUUUAUGUUGGAUUUGUGGACAUGGUUGAUUUAGAAAGCGCAUAUCCCUUUUAUCAGCAAUUAAUUUAGAGUGACUCACCUCGUGUUUCUGCAUCUAUCAUGAUCAUGCACGUUUGUCUAUUUGGAACUUGGUAACUUUUUUUUUUUUUUUUAAUCACAUAUUGGGGAGAUUUACAAAGGUAAAUGUGCCAGCAUUCAGACACAAAAUGUGUCCCAAAUUUGCCUUGGAUGCCUUGCCUCAAUUUAUAUGGUUUUAUGCCUUAUAUGGCAACAGUUGUGGCUGAAAAUGCUACAAAUUGUGCCUAAAUGUUGGUUUUUGGUGCUAAUUAAGCCAACAUCUUGGUGUUAUAAAGUUACACAAGGCAGACCAAAUAUGCACAAAGGUAUCAACUAUU